AUGAUGAUGAACAUAGAAGCGACAAAAAAUUUCGACUCCACUCUUCCAUUACGGGGCAAAACAAAACAAUGGCACUUGAACAAUCAACCUCGCUCAGCUAAGCUUGGCUACAUCCUACACAGCAAAUCGAUUCUGAAAUUGUGUUCUACGCCCGAAAUGAAGAAAUGGAAGCUUUCAUUUGGUUGGGAAAAUAAAGCGAAUGUCAAAGUUUGGUGGUGGGUGUUCAAAGAACAAACAAAGCAGCGAGACAAGGACGAAAGAUACUUCCAGGAUUUUUCAUAUGAUUUUGAUCGGCUUGUCCUAGAACAGCGACAACAAAAGCUGACACCAAUAGUGUAG